AAUCUCUCAACGAAAUCAUGACUGAAUACAUUCUACAACAAGCUUCUGCAGUGGUCAAGAGCUUCUUUCAAAUCUUCAAGGACCCGUCGAACGAUCCGCCAGAUCCGCUCCCUCCGCGGAAGAUCCAAACAUUUUUUCCCACUCCCUUCGAUGACCGAGUCAAUGCCAUUUACUGGACCUGCGAGGUUCUUAGUGUGUAUCUUGUCAUUUCGAAAGAGUCCACAUUCCUGCAUCAACUUCAACACUGCAAAUCUUUGCAAUCUCCAGCUCACGAAUUCCUCAUGGCGUACUUCAUCACAGAGAUAGACGGCACAAGUUUCGAAAUGGGGGUAACACUAGAUCGCUAUCCAGAAAAGCCGACCGGUCUUAUACGAUCGUUGUUUCCACGGGACCUGGAACUAUCUAAGCACUGCCCAUCCCACUUUCCAUUAGCGUCCCCCCCCUCUUCCGGCAACGCCAUGCAAGAUACGGGAAAGAGCGGUGAAUAUUAUCACGCAGCCAUAAACAGUAUCAUAGUGCCUGCGUUUGGAACAUGGGGUGGACUUGAACGCAUAGCUGAAGAAGCGUUUGGACCAUACAAAGUUCUCAAUACCGUCAAAGAUACCCACAUGUCAGCAGCACAAUUCGCUACGCUCAUCGAUGUCAUCGACGAUUUCGCACCCAUGUACACACCAAUGUACCAGUGUUCGUGGUUCGCCAUGUUUUUCUUUUACAUGGUCAGGGACGAAACAGGUAGUAAAGAAUAUCCCUGCAAGGAUAUAGAUGAACGGGGCAAGCAAUUAGGCAUGACAGAGCCUUCACUUGAUCCUUGUGAUGAUGAGGAGACAGUGAGUUAUCAUUAUCGUCGGAGGAUUGCUAAACUCUGAGGCAAUCAAGGUUAGGACAGCCUGUGGUUGACAUUCAGCUGGUGUGCAUGAGUAUAUGCUCCAGCGACCCCUAUCUCAGUUUCCUGCAAGUUGUCUUUUUCAUAUCAAUGCACCCGACACAGUUAUUCUACCGUCUUUUUCUGUCAGUCACUUGUAUCACUAUGUCGGAUGCAAGUAUGUAAAUGAGAAGCUACACAUACCUUUCUGGUUGGUUGCAUAUGUACCGGAUCAUAGACAGGACAAAGCAGAUGGCACUUCUUCGAAUGUACAUAAACAGCUUCAGGGGUUAUAUGCUAGGCUAGGGGCUG